UGCCCCAUGAUGGGUGAUCUGAACCCAUAGGGAUACAUCGCUUCGUCCAGGGGUGAUUGCAACUUCGGCAAACCACCCAUGAAUGAAUUCUUCUACUACACAAAAGACGCAUGACCACACCUAUUGCACACGAUCAGGAUUAUUACUAUAGGAAUAAAGCACAAACUCCAGAUGGUCUCCACAAACAUGGAGCAGACAAUGGUUAUGAGUACGAGUAUCCUGGAAUCGGAACUCAACACUCCCGCCAAAAAUUGCUAUCGUCUCGUCAUCUUCGGAUCGUCCAAAGUGGGUAAGACAUCCAUCGUGAAGCGAUUCCUGACGGGCGAGUUUAUCGAGCAGUACACGCCGACGAUCGAAGACUUUCACCGCAAGAUCUACAAGAUUCGAGGGGAGGUUUAUCGAUUGGAUAUUCUCGAUACUUCGGGGAACAACCCUUUCCCUGCGAUGAACCGGCUAUCGAUACUCACAGGAGAUGCCUUCAUGCUGGUAUACACAAUAGACAACAAGGAGACGUUUCAAGAAGUACUUCGUAUACGACAGCAAAUCAUCGACACCAAGAGGGCCAAGGGGAUCAAAUCAACACCCAUGGUACUCGCAGGAAACAAGGUCGAUCGCGACGACUUCCGCGAAAUCGACUUCGACGACGCACGUCGCGCAGUGUCUUCCGCCAAACGGUGCUCGUGCCUGGAGGUCAGCGCCAAGGACAAUAUCAACAUCGACUGCCUUUUCCAUUCGCUUUUCGAGCACGCUAGACUUCCCGCCGAGAUGACACCGUCGCAGCAUCGCAAAGUUGGUGGUAGUGACAACGCUGGUCCACCUGACCUGUCACCCAAGUCGAACCCCAGGGGAAUCACACUGCGCAAGCGCAUUAGUGACGCGUGCGGCGUUAUCUCGCCCAACGCUCGCCGACCGAGCCUGCGCAGUGACCUUCUGCAGGUGCGCAACAACGCGCUGCGCAGCGUAAAGCGUGGCGAUAUAAACGAAGAAGAGGAACCAGCGGCUGAAGGUACGGGGUUUAGAAAGAAACGAGGAUGCAUCGUUCAAUGA